AUGUCUAGCUUUAAAGAUUCAUUUACAAGAGGGGAAGGAGAUUAAAAUCUUUAAUAUGAUGAUACAGCUUUUUGUUAUUUUUUUUUGACUUUUUUAGGGACUGUAUAAUUAGUCUUUGUAUGGAAAACAUUAAGCUAACUAUUAUAUAAUCCUUUAAAAGAUAUAUUAAAGAAUGCAAUUAAAAAUAAAUUUUUUGAUUAAAAAUUAAAGAUACUUCGCCAAUAAAUAAAUAAAAAUAAAUACAAUUCAAGUUUAUUUUUUAAAAUACUAAUAAUAAUUGCUAUUACUAUAUUAAUAUUUAAAACUUACUAAAGUAUUCCUGAACAAUAAAGUUUAAAACGGUUUGAUCCUUAUGAUAUUUUAGAAAUAAGCAGAUCAGCUACUGAUAAAGAAAUAAAGAAAGCUUAUAGACGUUUAAUGAUAAAGUAUCAUCCUGAUAAAAAUGAUGAACCAGAUGCAAAACAUAAAUUUUUAUUAAUAACAAAAGCACAUGAAUGUUUAACAGAUGAAAAAAAGAAGUAAGCAUGUGAAAAAUUUGGAAGUCCUGAUGGUCCAGGAAGUUUACAUGUAGCAAUUGCAAUGCCUUCGUUUUUAUUAAAAAAAGAAAACCAUGUUACUAUUUUGGCUAUAUUUUUUUUAGUUUUUAUUGUUAUUAUACCAACUUAUGUUAUUUAUUGGUUUUAAGAUAGUGAGAAAUUAAAUGAUAAAGGUAUGUCAAGAGAUAAUUAUGAAAUUCUAUUAUAUAUUAUGAAUGAAAACAUGCCUUCUAAUUAAAUUCCUGAUAUUAUUGGUUUUUGUAUGGAGUUUAGAAAAAUGUAUGCUUCGAAUUUAGAAAGUAAAUAAUUGGUUAAAUUAUAUUCCUAAGUUGUUGAAUAAUUCCCUUAAAAAAAAAAAAACAUGUAAUAAAUAGAAAAGGCUUAUGUACUUCUUUGCGCACAUAUGUUAGGUUUAGAAAUUCCUGAAACUUCAAGGGAACAAUUAACUUAUAUUUAAAAAAAAACUCCUGCAAUUUUAGAUUCAAUGAUAGAUCUAUGUUGCAGUUUAGGCUAACCAAGAGGAUAAUAAUAUAAAUACUUAGGAGGUUAAUGCUUAUUGAAUACAAUAUUUUUCUAAUAACAUUUUUAUUAGGUUAUUUUUUUUAUUUUAUUUUUAAAUAAAUAUAUAUAUAAACAAAAGGGAUUAUGGGGAAACAAUAUAGAAAUGAAUCAAAUAAGUUAUUUUUAUGAAAACGUAGAAUUAAAAAAAUCCUAAAAACUCGGUCCAUUAAGAAAUUUAGUGAAAUAAACAAGAGAAGAACGUAAAUUGAAAGUUGUUGAAAGUGAAUAAGACUUAAAAGAAGUAAAUGAUGAAAUCGAUAAUUUCCCAAAUAUAGAAAUUUCUUACAAAGUACAUGUCCCUGAUUAAUUGGAAUUAACAGACGCAGAUAUUUAUGAAGUGUAAAUAAAAUUAGAAAGAUUAAAUAUUGAAAAAGGAAAAUAAAUUAAAUAUAGUAAUACUCCUAGAUAUCCUUUCUUUAAAUAAGAAAAAUGGCAUAUUAUUAUUACUAACAUUAAAAAACAUAUCGUGUAUUAUGAAUUUAUUACUAGUCAAGAAAAAGAAGUUGAAGUUUCAUUUAAAUUACCUCCUCAUUAACCGGGUAUUCAUUAAUAUGUUUUAUAUGCAAAACCUGAUUGCUAUAUUGGAUUUGAUAUUGAAAAAGAAGUUAAAUUUAAAGUUUUUUCUGUUAAAGAUGUUAAUAGGGAAAAAUUCUAAUAUCACUAAGAAGAUUAAGAUUUAGGUGCUACACCAACAUUGUUCUAGUAAAUGAUGUAGGUAAUGGCUCCGAGAUAAGAAGAAGAAGAAGAGGAAGAAGAAGAAGAAUAAAAUUAAUAACCAAAUAGAAAUAAUGAUAAAGAAGAAUAAAAUAUUAAGGAAAAUUAAAAAGAAGAGGAAAGUGAUUAAGAAGAAUUGGAUAAAAAAGAGGAUGACGAAAUAGCUAGACAGGCUGCAUAAAUGGAAGAAAAAAUGAAAAAAAUGGGCAAGAAAAAACCUCUUAUUAAAUAAGAUAAAGAUAAAAAAGUUUUUGAUUCUGCAGAUUAUUAUAAAGAUUAAGAAGAAUAAGGAAAAAGUUGA